GUCGCGUUAGCGUGAUUCACAAUUUGCGACCAGUUCCUAUUUAUUGCAACUAAUAAUUUUAAGGACAAUAUUUGUUUGCUUUUUCAACAAAGCUUGUGAAUUAACGAUUUAGGGUCGGUUACUGACGCUUCCACAGAUUCGUGUUGACGCGUCACAGACCCCCGACUCCACUGGUUCUGCGUCUGAUUUCAAGGUAAAGGUAGCAUUAGCCUAGCAGCUCCAGGGAUGGCGGAGGUCCCCGGGACGUCGAGUGAAACCAUAACGGAGACUGUCCAGACUGGCACUCCGCCGCCACCCCAACAGGAAGGACGAAGCCUAACCAUCAAGCUGAGGAAGAGGAAGACUGAGAAGAAGGUGGAGUGGUCCAGUGACACUGUUGAUAAUGAGCACCUGGGGAGACGGUCCUCAAAGUGCUGCUGUAUUUAUGAGAAGCCCAAACAGUUUGGAGAGUCCUCGUCUGAGAGCGAAGGAGACGAUGAAGACGAGGGCUGUGGGAGCGCCAACUGCAUCCUGGGUCAUGGCAGAAGAGGUCAUGGACAGAGGCCCGACGGGGGGGCCACGGGCCCCCCAAACUCUGAGGGGGCACACUCACACUAAAAAGCCACACAGAACCGCUUCUUGAGUCUUGGGGGAUCUGAGGGAGUCUGGAGGGCUUCAGUGACACUGACAUGUUCCAAACUGCACUUAUUAUUAUCAUUUUUUUGUUUUUUCUUCUGGGAGCUUCAGAUGAGUCUGAGGUCAUAAAGGUCCAGUUUCUGCCCAGAUGUUGGACUAAAUGAAGAUGUGGUAGACGUUUGGAUCCAGUUCUCCUCCAGCUGCUCUGUAAUCUAAAAUAAAAGCUGAUUUUAAACCAGAAAGUAGAAAUCUACCAUGUUUCUGCAUGUUUAAGCUGUUGGCAGCAGGUCCCACUCAGCUCCAGAACCUCAGCAGCUUUGGUGACCGCUGGUCUAUACUGCUGGUUUGUGAUUCAGCUGCAAGUCUCCAUACUGGUGACCGUUUAGGCUGGUGGUCAUGAUCUAUUGACCUGCCAAAUACUUCUCAUUUUGGAUUUUAAGUAUUAAAAUCAAACAGAUGUUUCUGAUCCACCACAGUUCAGUUCUGGUCACCAUGCAGCCCAAUCACAGCUCUCAGAAGUGUUGGAACUGGACCCACACAGAUCUGUAGUUGAGUUGCAGAUGUGAACGUUCAGGUGUGUCGACUACAGACCCAAACUAAAGAGCCUUUCAUCAGAACCACCUCACCAAAAGUCCUUUUCAUUCCACAGUUAGCAGAACAGAAUUGCAGGAGUUCUUUGGACUCCAGAGACUGGAUCAGAGUUAGAAGAACCCUGUUGGAUGAGAGGUAGAAGGUCUCGAGGAAAACAAGUCCAGUGUGUUAUGUAGACAUUCUAAGGAGCUCUGUCCUGCAGGAUGGAGGACGUCCACCUUUGUGCUGUAACAUCCGGACAUUGCUCCCGUGUUGCUCCGCUCUGUAAAUAAUGUUCGCUUAACGAAGCAGAAAUGUGAAAUAAAGUUUUGAACUGUGAUGAAAACAA